GCGGCGUCUGUGGCGGUAGAGGAGACGGUGUUGGAAAUCAAUAGUGCUUCACAUUUUUGCAUCCCUUUAACUGUGUCUUUGGAUUAAAAUGUUCCUGAUGGCCACCUCUUCGGAAGUAAACAACGGGCAGAACUUUUUAACCCAGUGGAUGACCAAUCCUUCCCGGGCUGGGGUAAUUUUAAAUCGUGGAUUUCCGAUUUUGGAAGCCGAAGGAGAUAAUCAAGCAGCUGUCAACUUCUCUAGCAGUUUUCCUAUUAAAGCCACACAGUUUUCAAAUAGCUUCAGCUUUAUAAGUGAAGAAGAUUCACUUCAUGAGGAACUGAACUUGGAGCCUAUCAGCUCUCACAAGCUACCGAAAGACAAACCCCAAACGCACGAAGUCUCUCCUGUAACUAAGAGGGAACCCCAGAUCGUAGCACAUCAGAAUGUUUCCGGACACUGGGAAAAUAACAAAAGUGACCUCCUCCCAGAUUUUGCAAGUGAUUUCAAAGACGCGUCCCACAAGGACCCACUUUUUAAAAAACUUGAACAGCUGAAACAAGUACAACAGAAGAAGCAGGAGGAACUGAAGAGGCAGCAGUCAGAACAACUACAAAGACUCAUGGAAGAACGAGAGAAGCUGCUUACGAUGGUGUCUGAUCAGCAUACAUUUCCAGGAGAAGGGAUCUUAUCAUGUUGGGAGAAAAUGACAGAAAAGAUGCAGGAAGGGAAUGAUAAGAACUUCAGACAAAGUGGUGAUUCCUCAGAAGUGGUUGAUAUGGAAGAAAGGCCUAUUAAAGCUGCUAUUAGAGAAAAGAAACAGACGUUUGAAGAUUACUUAGAAGAGCAAAUUCGACUGGAAGAACAAGAAUUGAAACAAAAACAACUAAGGGAAGCAGAAGGAUCAUUGUCAAUCAAAGCAAAACCCAAACGACCAUUCUUAAAAAGAGGAGAAGGUUUAGCUAGAUUUACUGGUGCUAAAUCGAGACUUCAGAAAGGGAAAGAAAGUAAGCCACUCACUAAUCAGAGUCCUUCAGAGGACCAACCUCAGCUUAAAGUAGAAAGACAACAAUUCCAACGGAAGACUGCUCUUAUGAAUAAAGAAUUACCUUCAGACAACCCCCCUGUCAUAAAGAAUAGUAAAGGUAGACCCAAGAGUGGUUCUGCCACACUCACUCAGAAGCCAAAACUUCCCAAGAGUAGUAGUAGAAAAAGUCUCUCUCCAUUGGGAUUGAAAAUAGAGACAGGGAAGAGAUGUGAGGGGCAAUUUCGCGACCAGAUAAAAUCAGAAAAAAAAGUUGAAUCUAAUAAUAAGGAACAUAGAGCCGCGUGUACAAAACCUUGCAGUACUGGUUGUGAAGUCCGGAGUAAGACACCAGGUACAGAAAGACUUCCUCUUUCGACAGGGGUGGCGGACUGCAAGGCUUCUAAGAGCCUGAGGGGAGAAACUGUAAAAGAGCUAGCAUCCUCUUUGGAUGUUUCCCUUCAGAAAAAGAUAGAAAAUUGGGAACAAGAAAAAGAAAAAGAAAAUUUGGAAUUAGAUGAAUUUUUGUUUUUAGAACAAGCUGCUGAUGAAAUGUCAUUUUCUAGUAAUUCCUCAUUUGUACUGAAAAUCUUAGAAAGAGAUCAAGAGAUUUGCAAAGGUCACCGGAUGUCUUCCACUCCUGUCAAAGCCGUACAGCAGGCAAAGACAGGUACCGUGGACCCUCUCCGUCGGUGUAACCAAAAUGAGAACCGUGACCAUUUUGAACAUGAACCUGAAAGUGAGUGUGAAGGCGCACUCAAACAGUUUGACUCCGUGUUAUCACCCACCCGGCUGAAGGAGCAAUCUUGUAAAAUCAGUGGGAAAGCGUUUCUAACGGGCGCGUCUGAAACGCAAGCUAGGUGGAAUGCAAGCGAUGAUGAAGGUGCGAGGGACAGUGAUAGUGGCACUGACUCCGAGGAACAACUUGAUGUUACCAUAAGACCAUCAACUGAAGAUCAAGAAAGGUGUUUCAGCAGCAAAGAGCAUCCAGAAGUCUGUGAUGAAAAGGGGCCUUUUAGGGGUCCUGGGACUCAAGAAGGUAAAAGGGAUAUUGAACUAGAUUUGUCUGAUAAAGAUUAUAGUAGUGAUGAGUCUACUAUAAUAGAAAGCAUAAAAAAUACAGUUGCUGAAUCUUUAGGAAAAACCUCACCCGUAAGUAUGAAUAGAAUUGACUUUGAUGACGAAAGAACCUGGACUGACCUUGAAGACAAUUCAUGUAAUGAAGCUGUUUAUCUGACUCCUCGGGCAAGCUACCCCAAUAAGAGUGAAACCUGUGCACUGGACAAAACGAUAAAAAGGAAAGUUGCGCCAGUCAAAAAGGGAGAAGAUUUAAGCAGAUCUAGCAGGAGCAUCAGCCCUCCUCCUCCAUCAGAUCUGGUGAUGAAAUUCUUCCCAUCUCUGAAACCGAGAGCCAAGUCAGAUUCACAGAUGGGAAAUGAACCCAAGUUAAAUAUAAAGCAAGACCGACAACCUGGUGACAGUGCUCGAUCCCAGGUUUUGAGAGAGAAAGUUAAUGAAUUGGAAAAAGAAAUAGAAAAAUUCAAAUAUGAGAAUACAUCGUUAGCCAAGCUUCGCAUUGAAAGAGAAAGUGCUUUGGAAAAACUCAGAUCAUUACUAGCUCACGGCAGUAUAAUUGCGUCGGACUCCUCAGUGGUGUCUGUCUUCUGGAGUCAGUUUUGUUGUGAGGCUUUAAAACAGCAGAUAGCCGAUCUACAGGAAGAUCUGAAAAGAAAAGAAGCAAAAUGGUCAAGCACACAUAGCCGCCUUAGGAGCCAGAUAGAAAUGCUAGUCAAAGAGAACACGGACCUUCGAGAGGAAAUAAAAGUGAUGGAAAGAUUUCGGCUAGAUGCGUGGAAACGGGCAGAAGCUGUUGAAAGCAGCCUAAAGGCAGACCCGUGUGCAGCUCCUGUGAGAAAAGAUGAGUCUGUGAACCCAUCAAUUUGCUUUCAAAAAAGACAAUUUUCUUCAGGAACCCAGGUAGAAAAAUACAAGAAAAACUGUUUGCCAACACAAGGCAAUCCAUCUCAAAGACCGAAGUCUAUACUUCCUUGUGAUUUAGGCAAUUUCGACAUGGGACAAGUUACUUCAACCAGGGAGCCAUUUGAACCCAUGAAAUUCCCAGAUCCUGGAUAUAAAGAAGAGGAUGAAAAAGAGAAAAUUCAGGGAGAAAUCAGUUAUCCUGAUGGAAAGGUAGAAAAGGUUUUCCAGGAUGGGAGCCAUGUCAUAUUGUUUCCAAAUGGCACUCGGAAAGAAGUGAGUGCAGAUGGGAAGACGCUCACCGUCACUUUCUUUAAUGGUGACGUGAAGCAGGUCAUGCCAGACGAGAGAGUGAUCUAUUACUACGCUGCUGCCCAGACCACUCACACCACUUAUCCAGAAGGACUAGAAGUUCUACAUUUCUCAAGUGGACAAAUAGAAAAACAUUUCCCAGAUGGAAGAAAAGAAAUCACAUUUCCUGAUCAGACUAUUAAAAACUUACUUGCUGAUGGACAAGAAGAAAGCAUUUUUCCAGAUGGUACAAUUGUCAGAGUACAAAGUGAUGGCAACAAAAUCAUAGAAUUUAAUAAUGGCCAAAGAGAGCUACAUACCACCCAAUUUAAGAGACGAGAGUAUCCAGACGGCACUGUUAAAACCGUGUAUGCAAAUGGUCAUCAAGAGACGAAAUAUACAUCUGGUCGAGUAAGAGUUAAAGACAAAGAUGGUAAUGUUCUAAUGGAUACAAAAUUGUCAUGAUCCUUGGUUAAUCAUGGAAUAACACUAACUUGAUUUUCUUGUUGAAAAUGUUUACUUCCUGUGGAUUCUGUUAUUUAAUUUAUGUGUGCUCUGUAUAUGUGUGUGUGUCUGCAAAUG